UGUUCCGAGGCAGCAGGAAUGAAAAUGAGCUCCGAGGAUCCCUGGGUUGGCUCUUCUGUGGGGCUCAGUUUCAUCACCCAAAGCCGAGGGUGGAGGACCAGUUUCCCUGUCCAGCUCGGAGCACCUGGUGGCGCGCGUCUCUCCAGUCUGACCCGCGUGGGUCUCCCCAGGCCCGGCUGGGCGGUGCUGCUGCAGCCGCUGGGUCCCCUGCCGGCCCAGAGCCCCACGUGGGCCGGCACCGAGCUCCUCUGGCGCGGGACCCGCAGGGGCCGCCACCCUCCCCGAAGCAUGGGGCUCCCUCGCAGGGCGGGGGAUGGCGCCGACCUGCGCAAGAGUCUGAAGCCGCUGCUGGAGAAGCGCCGGCGCGCGCGCAUCAACCACAGCCUGAGCCAGCUCCAGGGGCUCAUCCUGCCGCUGCUGGGCCGGGAGAACUCCCGCUACUCGAAGCUGGAAAAGGCAGACAUUCUGGAAAUGACCGUGCACUUCCUGCAGGAGCUGCCCUCGUCCCCCUGCCCCGAGGCUGCGCCUGCGCCCACAGACAGCUACCGCGAGGGCUACCGCGCCUGCCUGGCGCGCCUGGCUUGCGUGCUGCCGGCCUGCGGCGUCCUGGAGCCCGCGGUGAGCGCCGGCCUGCUGGGACACCUGCGGCGGAGAUCCGCCUGCGCCAGCCCAGACGCCAGGCCGCUCUCCCCUCCGCCACCCGCGCCCUCGCCGUCCCCGCCAGCACCGCCCACCCCUGGCUUCUGGCGGCCCUGGUAGCCCCUGGCUGGGCCCAGACCCAGCGGACCACAGCGAUCCGGAGCGCAGGCGGGCCAGGGAGCUCUGGGCCGCAGCUACCGUUCCCACAACCGAGGACCAGCCCAGCAUGGGCAAGAAGACCCGCUGGUGGUCUGCAGACCUGGAGAGGAGCUGCCCUGCCUCACCCCUGUCAGGGUGUCUGGGCAGGAAGAGCAGGGGCUGCAGCAGCAGAAAGGGGGGAGGUGGCUCUGGAACGGGUGGCCACAGGCGUCUGUGCAGUGACACACCUGCCCUACUGCUGGCAUCACACCAAGCAGCUCACCUGGGCCAGGUGCAGCCAUCUGCUCUGACUGGCACUACCCUCCCAGCCCUGCUCAGGCCUACUUCCUGCCCAGUGGGGUGUGGGAAACUUGGGACACGCAGCAGCCCUUGCCUUCGGGGCUUUGUCACUCCUGGGACCGAAGAGCACAAGAGCACGUAGGCUGGAUCAUCGACCGCCACUCCCAGGCUGCCUGAUGCCAGGCUGGGGACCAAGAGCCCCAUGAGCUCCAUAAGGGGUCUUGGGAAGGAUUUCGUUCCCCAUGCAUUAAUGCCACCCCAAGACCACCUGGAGACCAGAAUGAGCUGCCCCAUGGCUCUGAAGAAGCUGUCGGUCAGGACCUGAGCCCCGUAGGGAGACAGUGACACGGGCUAGCAGAGAUCCAAGUGUAGGCCUGGGCUGGAGGACAGGAAGUGGCCAGCCUCAUCUUCUCUUGCAACUCAGACUUGUGCCAACUGGGGGCCGGAAGCAGCUUGUUCUUAAGCCAUCUCUUUGUUCACGGAAGCCAGGCAGCCUGCUGUGGGGACUCGGGGAGGAGCCUCGGGAUCCCCAUUGACGGUGUCCCAGACAAAGGGGACACACUCCGUCCAUCCCUCCUCAGUCACGUUCUGUCAUUUUCUGGGGAUUCGCUGAGCACUGAGGGAAGGGUGGAUGCUCCUCCAAGUGCCUGGAUGAGCAGCCUGUGCUGGCGACCAGGACACUAGUGGAAGAAGACAGACUGACUGGGGAAGGGACAGCCACUGGGUCGGCCAAUGCCACAUGGACCAUGAUGCCCUGGGCCCUGGUCUGGGAGGCAGGAUGUGGGGGAAGCUAUCAGACAGUGGCUGUGCCAGGCUGGGCCCUGCGGACUAGACUGUGAGCCCUGGUGGGGAGGGGCGGGGCUGAGUGGCCUCUGUGUCCCCAAGGUGCUGGGACUCAGUGGAUGUUUAAUAAACAUGGUGGAUUAAUGA